GCCCGCCCCGACCCGAGCCGCCAUGUAACCGGCGCCGCCCGGAGCCCGAGCAGUGCGGGCCCAGCCACCCGCCCGCCAUGGGGGACGAGGACGAGGACGAGAGCUGUGCGGUGGAGCUGCGGAUCACAGAAGCCAACCUCACCGGGCAUGAGGAGAAGGUGAGCGUGGAGAACUUCGAGCUGCUGAAGGUGCUGGGCACGGGAGCCUACGGGAAGGUGUUCCUGGUGCGGAAGGCGGGCGGGCACGACGCGGGAAAGCUGUACGCUAUGAAGGUGCUACGCAAGGCAGCGCUGGUGCAGCGCGCCAAGACGCAGGAGCACACGCGCACUGAGCGCUCUGUGCUGGAGCUGGUGCGCCAGGCGCCCUUCCUGGUCACGCUGCACUAUGCCUUCCAGACUGACGCCAAGCUGCACCUCAUCCUGGACUAUGUGAGCGGCGGGGAGAUGUUCACCCACCUCUACCAGCGCCAGCACUUCAAGGAGGCUGAGGUGCGCGUGUACGGGGGCGAGAUUGCGCUGGCCCUGGAGCACCUGCACAAGCUGGGCAUCGUCUACCGAGACCUGAAGUUGGAGAACGUGCUGCUGGACUCAGAGGGCCACAUCGUGCUCACUGACUUCGGGCUGAGCAAGGAGUUUCUGACAGAGGAGAAAGAACGCACCUUCUCCUUCUGCGGUACCAUCGAGUAUAUGGCCCCCGAAAUCAUCCGCAGCAAGGCGGGCCACGGCAAGGCGGUGGACUGGUGGAGUCUGGGCAUCCUGCUCUUCGAGCUGCUGACCGGGGCCUCGCCUUUCACGCUGGAGGGGGAGAGGAACACGCAGGCCGAGGUGUCCCGACGGAUCCUGAAGUGCUCCCCUCCCUUCCCCCCUCGGAUCGGGCCUGUGGCGCAGGACCUGCUGCGGCGGCUGCUUUGCAAGGACCCCAAGAAGCGGCUGGGGGCGGGGCCCCAGGGGGCACAGGAAGUCAAGAACCACCCCUUCUUCCAGGGCCUGGAUUGGGCUGCUUUGGCAGCCAGGAAGAUUCCGGCCCCAUUCCGGCCCCAGAUUCGCUCGGAGCUGGACGUGGGCAACUUCGCGGAGGAAUUUACGAAGCUAGAUCCGGUCUACUCGCCCUCAGGCAGCCCUCCCCCUGGGGAUUCACGCAUCUUCCAGGGGUACUCCUUCGUAGCGCCGUCCAUCCUGUUUGACCAUAACAACGCGGUGAUGACCGAUGUGCUGGCGGCACCCGGAGCUGGAGAGCGGCCCGGCCGGGCAGCCGUGGCCAGGAGCGCCAUGAUGCAGGACUCGCCCUUCUUCCAGAAGUACGAGCUGGACCUGCGGGAGCCCGCGCUGGGCCAGGGCGGCUUCUCCGUGUGUCGCCGCUGCAGCCAGCGCCAGAGCGGCCAAGAGUUCGCGGUCAAGAUCCUCAGCCGCAGGCUGGAGGCCAGCACGCAGCGCGAGCUGACGGCCCUGCGCCUGUGCCAGUCACACCCUAACGUGGUGAAGCUGCACGAGGUGCAUCAGGACCAGGUAAGUAACACCUUAUGGGGCGGGGUGCAGGGCGCGACCCAAGAGGCGAGGUGCGGGUCGGGGACGCCGUGGCGGCCAGGAGGUGGAAGGCUCUUGACGGUGGACCCAGCCAAGCGGCUUAAACUUGAGGGGUUGCGGACCAGCUCCUGGCUGCAGGACGGCAGUGCGCGCUCCUCGCCGCCGCUUCGGACGCCCGACGUGCUGGAGUCUGCUGGGCCUGCAGUGCGCUCCGGGCUCAACGCCACCUUCAUGGCGUUCAACCGCGGCAAGCGAGAGGGCUUCUUUCUGAAGAGCGUGGAGAACGCGCCUCUGGCCAAGCGGCGCAAGCUGAAGCUGCGGAGCGCGGCCACUUCCCGCAGGGGCUCCCCCGCGACCCCCGCCGCCCCGGGGCGCUCCCCAACCGCCAAGGGGCCGCCUCGCCGGGCCAACGGCCCCCUGUCUCCCUCCUAGCCCCUGCCACUGUGACCCCCGUCCCCCCACCCCAUCGUGUCCAGACCUGGGAGGCCCCUGGGAGGUCCUGUACCUAGGGAUCGCCCCUCCCUCCUCCUUCCCCAUUCUUCCAGACAGAGCAGACGUAUUUUUAUAAGCAGAGAAUUUUUUUUUAUGUCUUACCAGGUAAAGUUAGGGAUACAGGGAGUGAGGGGGCCUGCCGGAGGGCGAGGCAUGGGGAACCCUCUAGGGAGACCUUGCUUCAUCCUGGGUCUACCCAUUGGGGGUGCGUUUACAGCAGGGGAGGACACCUCUCCUGCUCCUCAGUACAGAGCUGCCACGGGGAAAAACUGGGGUCCCUCCCCUGCCCCCCCACCUCCACUGAGGCCCUGCUUCUGGGGGAAUGUUCCCCUCCAUCUGUCACUUUAUGGACUGUCUGUGCAAUUCUGCCCACCAAAGACCUGUGUUGGGGGGUUGAGGGGAGAGACCCUAGGGGACCCCGAAGCAUUUCUGCUUCGCCUUAGGUCACCUGCUUCUCCCUGUUGGGGCUGAGGAUGGAGGCAGGUCACCCCGCUAAAAGGGAGUCCCCUUCUCACCUACCCCUCCCCAUUGGCACAGUGCCCCUGGCUGGGGGACGGAGCCUUGGGGUCUGGGCUGGGCAUCCGCGUUCUCUACCCCAGCCCAUCCGGGCUGUGCCUUCGAUUUUCAAAUAAAAGUCCACCCGGUGC